AGCCUAUGUUGAGACAUGGAAACACAAUCGAAUACUGCUUACAACUUCUUCCUCAAUUUCUCCAAUUUUUUGCUCUGUUUUUUCAAGAUUCAGAGCAUGGCAUUUUCGGCUCAUUUUUCUCACCUUUUUUUCACUUUUAUUUUUGUUUUAUCGACGGCACAAAUGACACUAGGUGACUCCGGCACAAUUGGAAUAAACUACGGCCGCGUGGCUAACAACCUCCCAUCGCCACCGCAGGUGGUGCAACUCCUCAAAGCGCAAGGUCUAACCAAAGUGAAGCUUUACGACACUGAUUCCACCGUUCUCUCUGCCCUUUCUGGCUCUGGCAUCUCCGUCACGGUGGCGCUCCCUAAUGAACAACUCUCCUCCGCCGCAGGUAGCUUAUCCUUCACUGACAAGUGGGUCCAGACCAACAUAAUCCCUUACUACCCCAAAACUCUGAUUGACGCCAUUGCCGUUGGUAACGAAGUCUUUGUAGACCCAAAAAACACCACAACUUUCCUCGUACCCGCCAUGAAAAAUGUUUAUGCAUCUCUCUCAAAGUACGACGUCGCUUCGAAAAUCAAAGUCUGCUCCCCUGUUGCAUUAAGCGCACUUCAAUCUUCCUACCCUUCUUCAUCCGGAUCAUUCAAAUCCGAGCUUAUUGAACCCGUAGUCAAGCCCAUGUUGAGUUUUCUCAAACAAACGGAUUCUUAUCUCAUGGUCAAUGCGUAUCCAUUUUUCGCUUACAUAGCGAAUACAGACACCAUUUCUCUAGACUACGCUAUGUUCAGGGAUAACAAAGGCGUAACCGACCCGAAGAACGGGCUUGUGUAUAAAAGCCUGUUCGAGGCCCAAGUCGACGCCGUUUUUGCAGCCAUGAACGCAUUGGGAUUUAAAGAUUUGAAAAUGGUGAUAUCUGAAACUGGGUGGCCUUCAUCUGGAGAUGAAAAUGAGGUUGGCUCAACUCCAGCCAAUGCGGCGGCGUAUAACGGUAACCUUGUCCGCAGAGUGCUCACCGGCAAGGGGACCCCGUUGAGGCCCAACCAGCCUCUUAACGUCUAUUUAUUUGCCCUCUUCAAUGAAAACCAGAAGACGGGGCCCACUUCUGAAAGAAAUUACGGACUUUUCUACCCGAACGAGAAGAAAGUGUACGACAUACCACUUACACUGGAAGGUUUAAAGAAUCAUCAGCCCGCGAUGAAAAAUGGAAGCAAGAAUCAAGUUCCAGCUGCGGCGGCACCGCCAAGUGGGGAGGUUUCAGCCAGUAAGGCGGCACAGACAUGGUGCGUGGCCAAUGGCGAUGCCGGGAAGAAGAAAUUACAGGAUGCACUCGAUUAUGCUUGUGGCGAAGGCGGUGCUGAUUGCCGUCCAAUUCAAGAGGGUGCGAAUUGUUAUAAUCCUAAUUCACUCGAUGCCCAUGCAUCAUACGCGUUCAAUAGUUAUUAUCAAAAGAAUGCUAGAAAAAGCGGUUCUUGUGAUUUUGGUGGUGCGGCCUACCUAGUCACUCAAUCUCCUAAAUUUGGCAAUUGCGUGUUUCCCACAGGCUAUUGAAUUGGACAAGUUUGAAGUAUUUGUUGGUGUUUAGGACAUGUUUGUCGAUUAUAUUAUUUGUGUAAUAUAGCAACGAUUGUGGGGUAGCAAUGGUAGGUUUGGCUAAUUUGACAUUUUUGUUGUUGUGAUUAGCUACCUAAGUUGGAGUUGCAUUCUUUACAGAUUUCGCAAUAUAGCUACUUGAUUUUAUUUUUCA